GGUUCGGGCCGCUGGUUAGUACUGAGUAUUAGGAAAUUCUUUGGGGGAUUCAAAGGAGGUUUACCAGAUUAAGACCCUCUACGCCCUAUCACGUGAAACAGACCCUAUAAAGUCUUGAGCUUCAAAACGUCCAGAGCUUCUAAAUUAAAGUUGAAGACACAAACCAAUACUUGGGAGAAUUCAAACUAUUAAAAAAUGGCGGCAUAUACCUUACCGGAGGGGUUCAAUGAUUUCGAUAUGUUUGCAUUCGGCACUGCUCUACUUGUUGAGGGCCUUCUGGGUUUUUUUCUGAACUCGAUAGCAGCGCUGUCUUUCUUGCUAGUUAGGGAGCAGCGAACGCCAAGCAACUUCUUAGUGUUCAAUCUGAAUAUUGCUGACCUUAUGCUCAAUGUGAACGGCCUCAUUGCCGCCUAUGCCAGCUAUAUGAGGGUCUGGCCCUUUGGUCAGGAGGGAUGCAUCAAUCACGGCUUUGAGGGCCUGAUUUCCAUUUAUGCAGCUAUCACCCUUAUUGCAUUGAUUUCAUGGGAUAAGUAUCACUAUUACUGCACCAAUCAGCCGUUGUUCUGGGCCACCUCUGGAACCAUGUGUGUCAUGGUUUGGGUAUUUGCCAUCUUCUGGGCAUCUUUCCCUCUGCCCUCUUUUGGCUGGGGGGAGUUUGACUUUGAGCCAAUGAAGACCUGCUGUACGCUGGACUACACCAAAGGAGACAGGAACUACAUUACCUACAUGCUCACUAUAUCCGUCUUCUACUUCGUCUUCCCAAUGAUGAUGAUGCAGAGUUCCUAUAGCACCAUCUACGCAUAUUUCAAGAAGACUCACAAAUAUAGGUUCAACACCACUAUUCCAGUGAGGACACUGCUGUUGACCUGGGGCCCGUAUGUGGCCAUGUGCAUGUAUGCCUGUGUAGAGAAUGCCAAAUUGGUCUCACCGAAGCUAAGGAUGGUGCUUCCUGUGUUGGCUAAGACAUCCCCAAUAUUCAACGCCAUUCUGUACUCAUUUGGCAAUGAAGCCUACAGAGGUGGCAUCUGGCGGUUCCUGACCGGACAGAAGGUCGUCGACAAGAGGAAAUAAAAAAUGCAGCUUCAUCCACUGUGACUACAUGCAAACAGUGUCGAUCCCAAUCACAAAUAGAUUCCAAUUUGGAAGAGUUCCACGUGUGUAAAGAUAAGAGGAAGUCAAGGCAUAUUUUCAAUCAGAGCUGGAGAUGUUUGAUGUGUAGCAGAGUGCUUGUGUCUUUUGGUGAUAGAUGUUGCUUUUCCUCACCACUCUCUGCUGGAGGCCUAUGCUGUCCAGUAACUGAAGGUGAAGAGCUGUUUUGGGGCAUGGUAGUUCAAUCACUCCUGCAACAGGCCAGUUACUUUGACUUCUAAAAUAACUGAUUUGUUUCAAAGCCCCCUUUCCCCUGUGCCAUCCAUACGUUUACCUCUCUAAAAAAAUAUGUUGUAGUGGAUUUUUAUAAAAUAAAUGCCACUGUUUAAUUCCA